UCCUCUGCUCCCGACACCUCCCUCCGCCCACCAACACGCUCACACACACACACGCACACGCGUGUCGCGCGAAUCAGGGUGGAGCAGGUAGCCUGCGCCUCGGCGUCAGCGUGCUGCGGGAAGUCGCUCUCUCGCUCGGGCGGAAUGGUGGUCAGCGGGUGAAGCGUCUCUCCGACCUGGAGGAGACAUGGAGGACUCGGAGAGCAGCCCGGAUGACGGUCUACUGGCCACCUGGCGAUGGAGCCGCAACGCACGGGAGCAGGUACAGCUGAAGCAGAAGAUCAGAGAUCUGCCCGGCUUACUGAAGCACGGCUUGCAUUUAAGAAAGAAGAGCUCACCUGACACCGUCCCCGGACCAAGCACUGGCGUUCACACCAAGUCCAAGUCCUGCUCGCAGAGUUUUCCAUGUGCAGGCCGUGCACUGAGAAAUGCGUUUCUGUCCCAUGGCCCGUAUCCAGCCAAAGACAAGAUCCACUUGGCACGGAUCAUCAGGAGGAGUUAUGUAGGUGUAGAGCUGGUGCAGUGGCUGUUGGAGCAAUGUGUGUUUGUGCAGUGUAGGAUGAUGGCAGCACGGGUUUGGCAGGUGCUACUCGAGCUCGGCAUUCUUCACUCAGUGGACCAGAGAGUGGUGUUUGAAGACUCCAACACGUACUACCAAUUCUCGUUCGAGGAGUGUGAUGCACAGGGCUGUGAGUUUCGUUUGGAGGAGGAGUGGCAGAACGGAGUGCGACUGCUCAUGCAGCUUGUCCCCUACGUCCAGUUCAGGGUGGUCAGUCCACCUGAAGAGGAUCCCGAAGGAAAGCGAGAUAUCUGUGGAGAAAUUCUGCAGAUGAAAGCUUUGGAAAGGCUCACAUCCACGGUACAAAAUGAGCUAGCUGCUGCUCUGGCACGGAAAGCCCGGAAAUCAAUGUCUGAGGAUGACAGUUCCGAAGCAAGUUCCCCACAAGAACCACAGAAGCCGAUUGAAGACAAUGCGAAGCAGGGUGGUGUGUGUGGACUGAGAUCCCCAGACGAGUUUUCACGCCUGGAGAUGGUGCAGAGGCUGGCUAAGGAUGGCUGUCGCUUCCUCCAGAACCAGAAUUACAGACUACCCGAACGUCCCACACAGGCGCAGGGCGAAGGAGCGGUGCGGGUGUGUUUGAAGGAGAGGGGUCAAGAUGUGCUCGUGCUCCAGAGAGUGGCGUCUGACCGAGCAUCGCCUCAAACAGCAGGAGGAGUCAAAGAGGAUGAUGGCGAUAGAAGGUACGUGGUGGUGUCCGGGACGCCCCAUAAGAUUCUGGAACACCUGCUGAGUGACUUGAGGCUGGACGAACACCAGGGGGCGACAGAGAGCAAAGAGUCUGAGAUGCUGCUGGAUGACUUCUUGCUCACCUAUCUCGUGUUCAUGUCUACCAACGAUCUCUGCCAGGCGCUGCUCGGCCAAUAUCCUUCCAUACGCUGCUCAUUCUGGCCCUUGACACCAUCGCUCACUUACUGCACUCAGCGCUGCCGUGGGAAGGAGGAGGGUAAGGAGGCCCUCUAUAGGAAGAGGAAGGUUCUGCACCUCGUCUCUCAGUGGACCUCUCUGUAUAAAGACUUCCUGCGGGAGGAGGAGCACGUCAAACUGUUCAUGAAGACGCUGUACCGCUACAUCUUGGAGGAUGUCUAUGAGUUCCCCACACUGGAGAAGGACCUAAAGGAGUUCCAGAAGCUUCUACGCCGCAGACACACUGUGGAUGAUUAUUCACCUCACCAAAAGAACAAAGCUCUUUUCCAGCAGCUGAGUCUGAGGGAGAGCAGCAUCCAUGUCCGUGGAGCACACAGUGACCACCGAGAAGUAAUGUGCCAUGUGUAUGUGAGCUCAGACUCGUAUCUGAGUGUGAGAGUGAGGAUGACUGUAGUGGCACAGGAGCUCCUGUAUAUCGUGGCUCAGAGGAUGGAGAAACCUGUAGAGGACAUGGUGCUGGUGGCUCAGACUUACAGCGGAGAGAAGCGCACCCUUCAGCCUCAUGACUGCCUUUUCUCAGAGACUCUGGCUCUUCCUGGGAGACUGAUGGCCUGCUGGAGAGACCUGAAUGAGAUCCUGCCUCCUCUGAUGCACUGUGGAGAUCUGGCGCAGAGGUCAUCACGUCUCCUCGGCAUCAACACGUGGGACGUGUCCGUGGCUCUCACCAACCUCGACUGGAGUCUCUUUAACUCCAUCCAUGAGCAAGAGCUGGUGUACUACACGUUCAGCCGGCAGGCGAGCAGUGGCCACACGGUGGCGCUGGAGCAGCUCCUGCAGCGCUGUAAUGAGGUUCAGCAGUGGGUCAUGUCCGAGGUCCUGCUGUGUCCUUCGCUUGGAAAACGAGUCCAGCUGCUCAAGAAGUUCAUCAAGAUCGCUGCACACUGUAAAGCACAGAGGAAUUUAAAUUCCUCCUUUGCCAUCAUUAUGGGCCUAAACACCGCAGCAGUGAGUCGACUCAAUCAGACCUGGGAGAAAGUUCCUGGAAAAUUUAAGAAGUUGUUCUCUGAGCUGGAGUUAUUAACUGACCCAUCUCUAAACCACAAGGCCUACAGAGAUGCCUUCAGGAAGAUGAAGCCGCCGAAAAUCCCCUUUAUGCCUCUACUGCUUAAAGAUAUUACUUUUAUUCAUGAAGGAAACAAGACAUUUCACGAUAACCUCGUCAACUUUGAGAAGCUGCACAUGAUUGCAGACACAGUGCGUCUCAUCCGCCACUGUCAGACUGAACAAACCGGAAGUGAAGUUGCCCAGAGCGACAGCGUGGACGUCAGAUCCAGCGUGCACAACCUUCACAUUAUUGACAAUCAGCAGACUUUGUUUGAGCUCUCGCACAGACUGGAGCCCCGAGCAUAACAACGUCUCCUGGUGGAAGUUCACGAGAACUGCGGCAGGGUCUCCAGGGUCUCCUGCUCACCGGGACGCGUUCGCGGUUUUUCUUUUCGUCUCACGCGGAGAUCGCGCCACUGACUGAACAAGACUGACGACGAGAUCAAGCUGAAUGAAUGCAAAUAGAAGUGAGAUUAGGGUCCUGUGGUGUCAAUAUUAACUAGUCGAUGCCUGGGUGAACCACGACAUCAGUCGUAUGAAGAUUUUCGAAGUUUUUUCAAUGUUACAUAGCAUGUCGUUUUUUCCUAGAGCUUAAUGCUCCGGAACGUACCGUGCUGUUCUUUUACUUAUGUGUCGACUAUAUUACAGUAAUAUCGGGACACGAAUGCAGACGGCCUCAAUAUUGGGUGAAUAAGCAGGACAGAGACAAGGAUUGCCUGGACCCAGAGAUGUCAAACCCAUGCUUAUACAGACUUUGUAAUGAUUAAUAUCGUCAGUGGUCGUGAUAUUCGUUUCAAAUCUUUCCAGCGGAAGUGGUUUUAACCCAGCUUCCGUAUCACAGUAUUAUUAUCGGAUACAUGGUUCUUUUGCUUCUGUGUAAUGCUUCAGACUCCUGAUGCAGUCGUGAACAGAGUGCAGUGUUAAUUUUUUUUUUCCUCACGUCACACGAGCCUCUGGCUUUUUCUGCACAUUGGACCGAAUCGAAUAAAGCAGGAGGUUUUUAGAUUUCAUGGGGGGUUUUUCCCUUUUUUUUUUUUUUUUUUUUUGUUUGGUUUUUUUUAAGUUGCAUGCGUGCACAAUUGCACUUAUUACUUCGUUUGCACAGUAAUGUGUAAUAUUGUAUAUAAAUUUAGAAAUGUACAAGUUUAUCUGCAUACCUACUCAAUUUCUGUGCCAAAUAUUAUUUUUAUUAUUAUUAUUAUUAUUAUUAUUAUUAUUAUGGGAGAGUCAUUUCAUAUUUAACACAUAAAAGAAAUUGUGAUAUUUUAGGCUGAAGUGCACCUAUUAGAUUUUGCAAAAAAAAAAAAAAAAACUAAACAAAACAAAAAAACCCAGACAUUUAUUCAUCCUUGGGUUCUGAUCUAUAUAAAAAUUCCUUUUUACUUUAUCAGGGUCCAUUAGUCUCAUUUUAUUGCCCUCCACUGGUUGGACCCAUAAAGGGAAUCACGGAAAAGAUAUCAAUUUAACACUUACGCUCUUUUGAGAGGAGUUUAUGAUUUAAAAAAAUACAAAUAAACAAACUUGAAAACAUGAAACUUUUUGCAGUAUUUUUGGCACAAAAAAGAAACACUGCACGUUUCUUACUGACGUUUUUAUGAGGACAUUGUAGGCAUUGUAAUGAUAAUUAUUUAUUCUUUUUGUUUUCGCUAUUUAUGUUGGACAAAAGAAAGAGAUGCAGGAUGUCAUUUGUACAAAUCUCCAGUGACAUAUAACUACACUGUAAUAUUUUAAUAUGUUUUUGCAGUAAUCUGGUUGUGUUUGGGGGAAACUGUUUUAGAUGCUUAUUGUAUUUUGUUGCUGUUUUGAUUUUUUUUUUCACACCAUGUCAGCUGGUUUGCAUGUGAUACACACACAAAUAAACAUGAAGAUGUAAAGCGCAAUCGUAAAUAUAAAUAGAUAUGCUCUGUAUUAUUUAUGUAUCAAAAACACAAAAAGCGAAGCAAUAUGGUCCCCUUUUGUGUGUUUUCCCUCCGUUACUAUAGAAACCACAUACAACUUUUCUAUAAUAAGCAUUUUUACAGCAAAUGAGUGAAUAAAACCUUUACGUAAUAUUA